CUCAAUUUUAUUACUCGUUAAUUAAUUAUUAGUUUCUAAUUGUGAUCAAUAAGCAACCGAACCAUGGCCGGUGGAGUAAUGAUUCACCGUCCAGCUGGUAAUGGCGGCGGCGGUGGCGGUGGCGUGGAGUAUCCAGGAAAGCUCACCCUCUACGUUCUUGUCACUUGCAUUGUCGCCGCCAUGGGAGGCCUUAUUUUCGGUUACGAUAUCGGAAUUUCAGGGGGUGUGACAUCUAUGGACAGUUUCUUGGGGAGAUUCUUCCCAAGAGUUUACAGGCAGGAGAAGGCAGAUUCUUCUUCCAACCAAUACUGCAAGUUUGACAGUCAAACUUUGACCUGGUUCACUUCUUCCCUCUACUUGGCUGCUCUCCUCUCCUCCAUUUUUGCCUCAUCUGUCACCAGAAAGCUGGGCAGGAAGGCGUCCAUGAUGAUCGGAGGUUUCGUCUUUCUCGCCGGCGCUCUCAUCAAUGGCUUCGCUCAGGCUCUCUGGAUGCUCAUCGUCGGCCGUAUUUUACUUGGAAUUGGAAUUGGCUUCGCCAAUCAGUCUAUUCCACUCUACUUGUCGGAGAUGGCGCCAUUCAAGUACAGAGGAGCUUUAAACAUCGGCUUCCAGCUAUCCAUCACUCUGGGAAUCUUGAUUGCCAACGUGGCUAACUAUUUCUUCGCUAAGAUCUCAUGGGGAUGGCGUUUGAGUUUGGGUGGCGCCAUGGUUCCCGCCCUGAUCAUCACCGUCGGCGCCUUCUUCCUUCCCGACACUCCCAACUCGAUGCUUGCCAGAGGAAAGAACGAAGAAGCCAAAGCCAGGCUCCAGAGGAUAAGGGGAGUCAACGACGUCGACCGGGAGUUCGAGGACCUGGUCGCCGCCGGCGAAGCUUCCAAGAGAGUGGAGAACUCCGGGAGGAAGCUGCUGCAGAGGAAGUACAGGCCUCAGCUUGUGAUGGCGAUCCUGAUUCCCUUCUUCCAGCAGUUCACCGGGAUUAAUGUCAUCAUGUUCUACGCGCCCGUCCUCUUCAAGACCAUCGGGUUCGGAAGCAAUGCUUCCCUUUUCUCGGCGGUGAUUACUGGCGGGGUUAACGUUUUGGCCACUCUGUUUUCCAUUUGGAAAGUUGAUAAGCUGGGGAGAAGGUGGCUGUUUCUUGAGGGUGGUAUUCAGAUGCUUAUAUCCCAGGCUGCAGUCACACUCUGCAUUGGGCUGAAAUUUGGAAGCAGCGGACACCCGGGAGAUUUGCCCAAGUGGUUUGCCAUACUGGUGGUGGCCUUCAUCUGCGUGUACGUGGCCGGAUUCGCUUGGUCGUGGGGCCCGCUGGGGUGGCUGGUGCCGAGCGAGAUCUUCCCCCUGGAAAUCCGGUCGGCUGCCCAGAGCGUCAAUGUCGCAGUCAACAUGAUCUUCACCUUCAUUGUCGCCCAAGUGUUCCUGAAGAUGCUGUGCAAGUUGAAGUUCGGGCUGUUCAUCUACUUUGCGGCUUUUGUGGUUAUCAUGUCUCUCUUCGUUUACUUCUUCUUGCCGGAGACGAAGAACAUCCCCAUCGAAGAGAUGAGUAUGGUCUGGAAACAGCAUUGGUACUGGAAAAGGUUUGUUACAGGCGAUGAAGAUGAAGAUCAGGUCUCAACUAAUAAGCCCAAACCCCGGGCAGUGAUUGACACAGUUUAGCCAGCAAAUUGGGAAUUAGUAGUUUUUUAUUUGUGUGUUUUAAGAUUUUUCUUUACAUGAACUGUUUUAGUUUUCCUAG